CCAUUUUAAAUACUCAUAAAAAGAGCAACCAUUCUUCAGUCAAAUUACAAAAAUAACAAUAUCUAUUGUACUUUAAAAAUGGAAGAAAUUAAAUAUGAUACGCUCUUUAUUGGUUUCGUAUCUAUGGUUUCUUUUCAUAAUUUUGUAAAGUCGAUCCUUCUUUACUGUUCUGGACGGGAUAAAAGUUUAUCUUUUCUCAAAAUUAUUUUUAAUAUUAGCAGCUUUAUAUGUUCCAUAACAAGCCUUCUGUUCUUUAUGAUAAUUAAUCUGUCUUGCGAAAUGUAUAUGAGGGUCAACUAUAAAGUUGACAUGUGGAUUAAUAUUGUUCUACUUGUAACAAGAGCAGCAUUUAAUGUAAGUUUAAUAACAUAUCACUAAAAGAUAUAAUUAAUAUGAUUUUUAAUCAAAGUUUUAAUUCUCAGGUUGCAUAUA